AUGGCUAAUCCCAAGCCCCACAGCUCCCCCGGAACAGAUCCACAGCCGACUGUCCGUACAAAAUAUUGUGCCACUGACUUUGAAUUUGAAGAUGAAAAUCCGCAUACAUACACUGGUGGAAGAUGGCUCAAUCGGAACGACCUUGAGCGAACCUCUCGCCACGUCAAGUUUGACUUCCCAGCGCUAUGUGAGCGGGCUGUUCGCGCAUGCCCAGGAGCAACUAAGGUUGUCAAAUACGAAAAGCGAGAAGGUGGAUUUAAUCGAGUUUUUCUUCUGACGAUGGACAACGGGCCUUGCGUUGUAGCAAGGAUACCUACCAGUAUUUCUGGCCCACCAAGUUUAACGACCAACUCCGAAGUCGCAACAAUGACUUAUUUACAGUCCAAGAUCUCACUUCCGAUACCGAAAAUCCUAGACUGGAACGAUGAUCCUUUGAAUUCAACUGGAACUGAAUAUAUCAUCCAGGAACAUGUUGUGGGUAUCCAACUACAUCAAGUGUGGGCUGCUAUGAACUCGGAACAGCAUAUGCUGUGCACGAAAGCGCUCUCAUUGAUGAUGAAAAAGAUGGCCUCAUUAGACUUCCCAGCCUAUGGCAGUCUAUACUUUGCAGAUGCGCCUCUACAUCCCGACUCCAAGAUCCCCAUCGAGGAUAGCUUCUGUGUUCCAGUAUUCUGGAAUCGGAACCCAGGGGAAAAUGAACUCUACGGUGGUCCAAGUCCCAAUUGCGGACCUUGGAGAGAUCUUGCAAGUUAUUGUCAAGGCUUGAUAGAUACUGGCUUUUCUCGUUUGCCUAAGGAAGCCACCAAUAAUCGCGAGACUCUGCCCCAUCAAGGAUCAAUCCAAGGUCAUAUCCAAUUAUUGAAAAUAUGCCAAGAGGUGAUGCAAAAUUUGGCCGGAGAUAAACGCAUAAAGGAUGCUGCUAUUCCCGUUCUUCUUCAUCCAGACUUCCACAAGAGGAAUAUAUAUGUCUCACCCGACGAUCCAACCGUCAUUACUGGCCUGAUAGAUUGGCAAUCAGCGAGUAUCGAGCCCGCCAUGAUCUAUGCGAAUGAGACACCCGAUUUCGCUGUACCCCCGACCAUUCCUGAUGAAGGUUCAUCCGAUAAAGAACUAGAUGACCCACAACUUUCUAAACAGAAAGAGCGAGAAUUGAAAGAUGCAUCCAUCUGCCACCAGACAUACGACGUAGUCAUGACAGCUCUUAUUCCUAAGCUCCGCCCCGCAAGAUUACUUGGCCCAACCUUUUUCCGACUCUUUCACUACAGUCAUACAACAUGGAGAGACUCUGCUGCCACUAUCCGCCAAGAGUUAAUUGAGCUUUCCGCUACCUGGAAAGAAUUGGGACUAGAGGGCUCAUGUCCAUAUUCUCCCACAGAAGAGGAAUUGAAACAGCAUGCUCGAGACUAUGAAGAAUUCGAGGCCAUUCAAGCGCUCAAGUCAUGGCUUCGAGACACACUUGAUACCAAUCCUGACGGAUGGAUUUCGAAUGAAGCAUGGGAUGCUGCGAAGGUUGCUCAUCGUGCAGCGUAUGAUGAAUGGAUAGAGACUGCCAAGGAAGCCGAGGCUCGUGGCGAAGAUAUGACAGUAGCAAAGGCGGAUAAGAUGUGGCCAUUUGAUGCUAGAUAG